GUUGGGAUUUAGUAUUACAAAAAACAGUACCAACUAUCUAAAUUGCAUUACUCUGAAGUUAUUGAAUUAUAUAUCGAAGAGACCAGAGUUGUCAUUUGUUGCAAGAGUUGGUGUAAGACUUAAAAUAUUGUUAACUGUUACUGCGUGUAUGUGUUUGGUUGCAGGUCAACAAACAAACUAUAGUAACGGGAGAUUAAAUUUUUAGCAGUGAUAUUCAAAUUGUUUUAUGUUUAAUUUAGAUAUUCGUUACUAAAAGGAUAAUUAUAGUCUCAUCUUUUCUUUUUAUACGCAAAUGAGUAAUAUGUCUUACCCAUCAGCACCACCUCCUUAUUCCCCAACAACACAACAACCUGGAUAUCCACAAUAUCCACCAAAUCAACAAGCUUAUCCACAACAGUAUCCACAACCGCAACCACAGCAGUAUCCACAACAACCACAACAGUUUCCGUAUGGACAGGGAGGAGGAGGAUAUCCUCAACAACAAUAUGGACAACAAAAUACAACAGUUGUAUAUAACCAACAACCGGUUGUGGUACACGAAAGAAGAGACAAGAGUGACGAUACAUGUCUAUAUGUGUUACUAGCUGCGUUGUGUUGUUGCUGUCUGUGUUCGGAUUUCUGAGCCGGAUAAUUUCACUAACUACGUCCAUCAAUCAUCACAUAUUGUUAUAAUUAUAAAUGACAACAAGAUCUGUUUGUGUUUAUGAAAGAAGAAUUGUAUUAUAUAUAUGUCGUUAUAAUACAUAUCGAAUGAUCUGAUGAAAGUUUCUUAUACAGUUUUUGCUCAAGCUUGUACAAGAUUUCUGUUGUUGUUAAAGUGAAAAUGAGAGACAAAAAUAAUAUGUAUAUAUGUAUUAAAUCUAAAUAAUUUGUUACUAGUAUACAAUAGAGCUUUACAGAGGUUGUUUUGACAGAACAACUUUGUAUGGAGAUGUUCUGUUUCUUGUGAAAAUGAUCAUCAAAUUGUAUGUUUUCAAUUGUGUUAGAUUCAACAUUAUAUGUUUAUUUAGAAAUAUUAAAAUGCAAAUAGAUACUUUGUAUGAAUAUACAUUACUAUUAUUCUAUACGUAGUAUUUUCUCUCAGAUAGUUGCACUUUAAUAACUUUUUAUGACAAUCUAAUACCAGCGUAGUAAAAAAAGAAACUAUGAAAACUGCUCUAUAUUUAUACGAAAUCCAUUAGUUGCAUUUCAUCAAAACAUGCUAGUUUUUACUUUAAAAGUUCUUUUUUGAUCAUAUCACUUUUUGAAGGAAUAUUUUUUUUUUAUACUAGACGUAGGUGUGGAAAAUUUAGAAAUACUGUAAAUGAUAACAAAUUAAAAAUAAUGCAUAUGUUAUGCGGCCAAAUUGAACCUAAAUAUUCAUUAUUUUAUUUUGCUCUAGACAUUCUAUUCUUGAUGUAAUGUUUUAUUUUCAAUGUUAUUUGGAUCAUAUGUGUAAAAUGGUUACUGGGAAACUAGAUCUAAUUUAGCUUAUUUUUCAUUAAAAUAUUUCAUGAAUAGCUCGAAUUUUCAUAGAUGAUUUCUCAUUCUAUUCUAUAACUUAAGUUAUGUAAUAUUUUAUCUUAAUAUCUGAAAGAAUUUCCUUUCAACUAAAACAAUACAAUUUUUGACAUAUAGUGAUCAAAAGUCUGACAAACAGACAAAAAAUGCAGCUAUUGUUUUCCCCCUAAAUAAAUGAUAUUUUUAUUCAGUAUAUCCAAAUACAUAUCUUGAUAAUUUCAUGGAUGAAUGUAUAGAAACAAAACCUUUUAAUAAAUACUAUGACAAGAUCUCAAAAUGAGACAUAUUUUGGGCCUUUUUAUCAACAGUAAGAAAGAUGUUUUCGAUAGAUUGAUAAUGAUUUAUUUUCUAGAUUUUAAGGAAUAAAAAAGUAUCUUCUUCAUAUCUUUUUUAUUCCAAUUUAAAAUUUUAGCAGAUCAAAAUAAAGUAACUUUUCCCAAUUUUACCAUUUAUUUAUAGUCAUUGUUUAUGUCGAAGAUCUGUUGAUAUUUUUUAAGUUUUACACUUUGUUUAUAUUGAUUAAUUCAUUUUGUUGGAGAUCGUGAAAUAAAAUUCCAUCUUAUUUUUA